AACAAGUUCUGGUAUCACGGGGUGCCCCAGAGGAAGACCUGCAAGGAACCCAGGAUAAAUCUCACCUUUAGAAAAAUUGUUCAGAAUGAGUAAACGAAGAAACUCAAUGAGCUCCGGAGCAGAGAAUCAUUUUAGCUCCAAGACGACGGAAAAUCAUAGACGAAAUUCAACCUUUACAGAAAAGGAUGAGACUACUUCUAAAUACUUUAAAUCAUCUUCACCAAGACUCAGGACUGAUUAUUAUGCUAAGGAGUGUAUAAGUCUCUCCAAGAAUCUCCUGGGAAAAGUUCUAUGCAGAAGAAUUGGGAACACAAUUCUUAAAGGUAAGAUUGUAGAGACUGAGAGCUACCUGGGAGAAAAUGACCUGGCCAGCCACUCCUAUCAGGGCAAAAGAACCGAGAGAAAUGAAGCAAUGUAUAUGGGAGCAGGAACUGCAUAUGUUUACAAAAUAUACGGGAUGUAUCACUGCUUUAAUAUUUCAAGUCAAGAAGCUGGAUCUGCUGUUCUAAUCAGGUCAUUGGAACCUCUGGAAGGUUUUGAACAAAUGCGGGAGUUAAGAUCUGUGCGGAGAAAGGACGGAGGAGUUAAAUUAAAGGAGAAAGAUCUCUGCAAUGGUCCCUCUAAGCUCUGUGAUGCUCUGAGUAUUACUAAAGAAGAAAUCAACCAACUAAAUCUUUCAUCUUCAGAACUGAUUUGGCUUGAAGAUGGCGAGGAUAUUGCAGAAGAGAAUAUAAUUACUACAAGUAGGAUAGGAAUUCAGGGUUCAGGUUCGGCAGCAGCACUACCUUUCAGGUUCUAUAUUUUUGAGAACAAGAACGUUAGCGUCCGAGAUCGGAAAAUUGAAAGUUCAGUGAUAAAAAAACUUUAUUGAGUGGUUAAAUACAUAAAGAUUGUAAUACAGACAA